AGUGGCUUGACCCUAAGGAAAACCGCCCAUGGUCGUCGGAAUUCGUAAAGCCGGUGCGCCACGUCAGCACCUGGGUGCCGUCAUAAUCGAUGCUUCAUGACUUUCCUCAUCCCCCUCCCUUUACUGUCCUCCCUUUAUAAAUUCAUAACUCUCUCUCUCUCUUUUCUCUCUGUAAUUCCUUUCUUCUUGUUAAAAACCCCAAACAAAUCUCGUCGACCCUCUGUUUCUAUCUCUGCUCUCUAAAAAUGUCGGCUUUUUGUGGGAAAUAUACCGAUGAGCUGAUCAAGAAUGCGGCCUAUAUUGGGACCCCUGGCAGGGGCAUCCUCGCUGCUGAUGAGAGUACAGGCACCAUUGGGAAGCGGUUGUCAAGCAUCAACGUCGAGAAUGUUGAGUCCAACCGUCGUGCUCUCCGCGAGCUCCUCUUCUGCACACCUGGUGCCCUCCAGUGCCUAAGCGGGGUCAUCCUCUUUGAAGAAACCCUCUACCAAAAGUCAUCGUCAGGGAAACCCUUUGUUGAAAUCUUGAAGGAGGGUGGUGUGUUGCCUGGUAUCAAGGUCGAUAAGGGCACUGUGGAGCUCGCAGGGACCAAUGGAGAGACCACAACACAAGGACUUGAUGGGCUCGCGGCGAGGUGCCAGCAGUAUUAUGCGGCCGGUGCGAGGUUUGCGAAGUGGCGUGCUGUGUUGAAGAUCGGACCCACAGAGCCAUCACCACUUUCAAUCCUUGAAAAUGCAAAUGGGCUUGCACGAUAUGCCAUAAUCUGCCAGGAGAACGGGUUGGUACCUAUUGUGGAGCCAGAGAUCCUGGUUGAUGGCUCCCACAGCAUUGAGGUGUGUGCUGCAGCCACCGAGCGUGUGCUUGCUGCUGUCUACAAGUCCCUUAACGACCACCAUGUGCUCCUCGAGGGCACCCUCCUGAAGCCCAACAUGGUCACCCCUGGUUCCGAUGCUCCCAAGGUUGCCCCUGAGGUCAUUGCUGAGCACACCAUCCGCGCCCUCCAGCGCACUGUACCUGCAGCCGUCCCUGCCAUUGUGUUCCUCUCAGGAGGGCAGAGCGAGGAGGAGGCGACAUUGAACCUGAAUGCAAUGAACAAGCUGAAGACGAACAAGCCAUGGAAUUUGAGCUUUUCUUUCGGGCGAGCCCUCCAACAGAGUACACUCAAGACCUGGGCCGGGAAAGAGGAGAACAUUCCUGCAGCACAAAAGGCGUUUUUGGCACGGUGCAAGGCAAACUCGGAGGCGACACUUGGGACAUACAAGGGAGACGCCCCUGUCGGGGAGGGUGCAUCAGAGAGUCUUCAUGUCAAGGAUUACAAGUAUUAGAGAGUAUAUGUUCUCUCUCUGUCCCCUGAGUCCCUCUCUCAUCUUCUUCUUUUUUUGGACAUUACUGAGUGUCUGUUUGUUGUCUCUGUCCUUUGGUUCGGCUGGUUUGGUUUGCUGCUUUUGAGAGGGUUUUUCCUCUUUUUUUUAGGAUUUUGUCAUGUUACUGGUUUUGGUUUAGGGAGAGGAGUGCAAAUAAACUUUUUGAGGGCAUGUCUGAUGGCGUGUUCUCCACCAAAGAAGUAGCACUUGAGGUGUUAUUAACUUGCACUUGAGGUGUUAUUAACUUAUUUUGUUCUAGUAUCACCUGUUCUCU